CGCAGCGCCAUGGGGAGCCCCCGGCCCGCGCUGCUCUUGCUCCUGUUGCGCCCAGUCAAGCUUCUGCGAAGGCGCUUCCGGCUGCUGCUGGCGCUUGCUCUGGUGUUCAUGGGGCUCUGGACUCUCUAUCUGGAGCUGGUGGCAUCAGACGAGGUCAACGGGAACCCCUUGUAUCGGAGAUAUAGCAGUUGGAGGGAACUUGCCAAGGCUCUGGCUAAUAGAAACAUUUCUGCUGUGCAUCCAAAGUUCUAUCAUCCCCAGAAACAGGACUUCAAGGUCCAAGAGUCGGACAGAGGGGGGCUCAGGAAAGAGAGCUAUCUGCAAUGGAACAAGCCUGUUCCCUGGAUCUCAGAGUUCCAAGGCCGAGCCAACUUGCAUGUGUUUGAAGAUUGGUGUGGAAGCUCCAUCCAGCAGCUCAGAAGGAAUCUCCACUUUCCACUCUACCCCCAUACCAGAACCACAAUAAAGAAGCUAGCUGUGUCUCCUAAGUGGACCAACUAUGGACUCCGGAUCUUUGGCUACCUGCACCCUUUCACUGAUGGAAACAUCCAGUUUGCCAUUGCUGCAGAUGACAAUGCUGAGUUCUGGCUAAGCUCCAGUGACCAGAUAUCAAGCCUCCAACUGAUGGCUAGUGUGGGCAAGACAGGAAAGGAGUGGACCGCCCCUGGAGAGUUUGGAAAGUUCCGAAGCCAAAUUUCCAAGCCAGUGAGACUGUCAGCUUCUAGAAGGUACUACUUUGAGGUGUUGCACAAACAGAACGACCAAGGCACAGAUCACGUGGAAGUGGCGUGGCGACUGAAUGACCCCGGGGCCAAGUUCACAGUCAUUGACUCUCCAUCCCUGUCUCUCUUCACAGAUGAGGCACUGCUCAAGAUGGAUGAGGUGGCCCACAUCCCACAGACAGUGGCCAGCCAUUCAGGCCCUCUGGAUCUCCUACCCACAGAUCAGGAGCACCCUGCUGACAUGCUGAAGCCUGAUCCCCGAGAUACCCUCUACCGAAUGCCUUUGAUCCCCAAAUCUCAACUCCGCCGGGUCCUUCCAGAUUGCCAGUAUAAACCCAGCUACCUAGUGAAUGGCUUCCCUCUACAGCGUUACCAGGGACUCCAGUUUGUUCAUUUGUCUUUUGUUUACCCAAAUGACUAUACCAGAUUGAGUCACAUGGAGACACAUAACAAGUGCUUCUACCAGGAGAGCUCAUACUCUCUGGACAAGUUUGGCUUUCAGAAAUACAUCAAAAUUGACCAACUGGACAAACAGAGUCUAGAGUUCAAGGAGAGACUGGAGCAACCAGGCUUUGAAGAGGACCUUCACAAUGAGUCCCAGUAUGGAGACUUCCUCCCUCCCACUGACCAGGGCCCUAGGAUCAUAGAACACAAGGGCAACCCUACUUCUGCCCCCAGUCAGGAUGCCACUGACUAUCACCUGAGAAGCCGGAGAAAGCUCCUGUCCAUGCGCCAGAGGAGCUCAGAAGGAGCUUUGCCAAACAAGAACUACAAAGCUUCCUCUCCGGUGAGGACAAGGGACACUCCACUCCAGAACGACAGGGAUGAUCAGGAGGCCAGCCUUAAGCAUCUCCACGGAUCAUCUCGUUCCAGUCGACAUUCCAUUGAGCCCUUGGCAGUGACUUCCCCCCACUUCAAAAGCUCUAGGCUAGGAGGAAACCACCAAAGGCAGACCUUGGACCAAUCUCAGUGGCUGAAUCAGGUUCAGUCAUUCAUUGCGGAACAGAGAAAGGCUGAUGGAGCAGAACCAGAGGCCCGUGGGAGAAUUCAGGAUGGGGAGGAGGUGGUGGCAGCAGUGGCGGCUGAAGAUGAGGAGAGGCCAUUGGAGGGGGAGGAAGAGGAGGAAGAAGAGGAAGAGGAAGAUGACCUAGGGGAUGCAUUUGAAUAUGUGCCUCUGUUUGACCCUGCGGUGAAUUGGAACCAGACCUUUAGUGCCCGAAAUAUGGACUUCCAAACCCUGAGGACCGAUUGGAUUGAUUUAAACUGUAACACAUCAGGGAACCUUUUGUUGCGGGAGAGAGAAGCCUUAGAGGUCACACAUGUAUUUCUGAAGAAGCUAAAUCAGAAGACGAGGGGGCGAUACCAGCUACAUCGUGUUGUGAACAUAGAGAAACGUCGGGACCGACUUCGAGGCAGUCGCUACCUUUUAGAGCUGGAACUUCUGGAGAAGGGUGGUCAGCUAGUGCGGCUCUCAGAGUAUGUGCUGUCAAGGGACUGGCGAGGGGUUAGUGUGGGUGGUGGCAAGGAGCCAGAAGCACGCAACUUACGUGGCAUGGUCUUGGGCCACCAGCGCCAGCGGCAUCUGCUAAAUGUCCAAUCCAAAGAACCUGAACUGUGCUGGCCCCUUGGCUUCUCCUGGAACCACCAUGCUCCUGUCCACUUUAUUGUACCCGUGAAGAACCAGGCACGAUGGGUUCAGCAGUUCAUCAGUGACAUGGAGAAGCUGUCGCAGGUCACUGGUGAUCCCUAUUUCAACAUCAUUAUCACUGACUACAGCAGUGAGGACAUGGAUGUAGAGGCAGCCCUCAAGAGAUCCCGCCUACGAAGCUACCAGUAUUUGAAGUUGACUGGGAACUUUGAGCGCUCCGCUGGGCUUCAGGCUGGCGUGGACCUGGUGAAGGACCCACAUAGCAUUAUCUUCCUGUGCGAUCUCCAUAUACACUUUCCACCUGGAGUCAUUGAUGUCAUUAGGAAGCACUGUGUAGAGGGCAAGAUGGCUUUUGCUCCCAUGGUGAUGAGGCUGCAGUGUGGGGCAACGCCUCAAUGGCCGGAAGGCUACUGGGAGGUGAAUGGAUUUGGCCUGCUGGGCAUCUACAAGUCAGACCUGGACAAAAUUGGAGGCAUGAACACCAAGGAAUUCAGAGACCGCUGGGGCGGAGAGGACUGGGAACUCCUGGACAGGAUUUUACAGGCUGGCCUAGAAGUGGAACGCCUUUCCCUUAGGAAUUUCUUCCAUCGGUACCACUCCAAGCGGGGCAUGUGGAACCGUCGCCAGAUGAACAUGCCAUGAUCUCAGAAGGGUGUCCAACCAGAACUGACCGAUUCCUGCCUCCUGAUCUGCAGCUGCUUCCACUCCCGCCCACCAAUGGGAGGAAUAGGAGGAGUGGGCCAGCACCCCCUCCCACCCUACCUAACUCUAUUAAGACAUCUCCUCACCUGUGAACCUGGGUGUGGAAUCCAAAGGGAGUGGCAGUGUUGUCAUUUCCUCCUCCUUUGCGCCUUUUGGGCACCCAACAGGAAGGAUUUCUGAGAGGAAAAGCCUUGGAGGGUGAUGGAGUCCAGAACAGGGUGGCAAAGAUGGAAAGCCUUUUGAGGAAAAGGAAAGGAGCCAUCUGCUGCCUUCUACUAUCAGCCUACCCUUUGUAGGGAGCACAGACUGUGAAAUGGAGACUUUCACUUUUAAAAAAAUAUUUUAUUGGUUGGUGGCAGAGAGGUCGGAGAUGGUAUUGACUCUUUCCACCAUCCACUCUCAUCCAACACAGACUGCAAGAAGCCUUGAUUUCUCAAUCAGAGGAGGGAAAACAACUUCCCAGGGGGAUGAGGUUGUAUAUUUAGGGGAUAUUCUCAGUCGUGGAUCUCUGACCCUCUGCUAUGCCAUGUUGUUUCUCUUCAUCCCUUUCCCAGAAGCGGACUUGUGGUCUAAAAGGUUGAAACCUUGUUGAACACACAACAAGAAUCAAGUCUUCUCAAGAUGGAAACCCUCCCCCCUCCCCCUCUACCCCCUCAACCCAUAUCCCCGUCCCUCAUUCUUUCCGUCAAGCAAGUGCUUCCAAGCACCUGACUUGGCCAUCGGCAACAGGGCAUUACCCUAUCCAGCUGGAGAAGCUCAGUUCAGGCUGGCCAGAGCACAGGGCUGAAAUCUCCAUCCCGCCACUCCUUCGGGUUCAGUGACCAAUAUGGAAACCCUGAGGAGAAGGUCUGGUGAGAAGCUUGUUAAGGCUUCCCAAACCCGUUCCAACUUCCCCCCUUCAGCGCUGGCUUUGUAGAGGAUUUUCUGCAGAGCAGAGUGGAGUCCAUUCAGCUACACUCUCUCAGAAGGCUAGUGGAGAGAACAGACAAGGGAGGGCAGCAGAAGAGGGGGCUUCUGGUCUGUGUCUAAGAACAGGGAUGGGCUCGGGUACUGUUUGUUCUUCCCACCCUUUAUUUUAAAAUAUUUCUAAGUAGGCACCUGGAAAAGGACCGGAUCACUGAAUUAGUUGGGACUCGGGGUCGGAAGAGCAAGAAGUAAAGAAGCUCUUCCCCUGGAGUAAGGAGAAGAGAACAAAGGAGGGCAUCAUCAGGAACGUAGCCCCUCGACCCUUUCCCCAGGCUGCUACCUCUGCCUGCUGUUCCCCUCCUUGAUCAUUACAUAUGAAUCUUGCACUAGUCCCCGGGCUGCCUUUGUGCCUGGGGAUUCUCCUGCUGCUGCAUUCACCAAUGGUGCAUUCGAUACUGAGUCUCAGCACUCCAGUGUCUGUCUGGGUAUGUGAAAAAAAAAAAGAAGGAAGCCCCCUGAUUAUUGGGGAGGGGGUUUGGGGAAAGUGAAUCAGAAUCCAAGCCCUCAGCCUAGAGCUGAACUCUAUCUCUAGUCAAACCUGCUGCCAUCUACACCGAGCCAGGGACAGAGAAGAGUGGGGAAAGGAGUCUGGCUGGCAAGGGGAGGGGGCAGAAGAGCUGGGGUGUCCAUGCGAGAGGCCCAUUUUCUUUUGGAGUAGCUCUCCUCUGCAGGAACUUCUUUGGAAGAUCUGAAAUGGGCUUUGACUGGAAAAGGUAAAUUGGAAAUCACCUUUCUGGUUUGUCUCCUUCAGAUUACCAGAGCGCCCACCCCAACCUCCCUGUCUCCCACACCCCGAUUUCCUUCCCUGGCCCUUGAACCUCAGUGCCUCAUGUUUGACUUCUGUACUGUUACCUCUGUACCAUCUGCCUUAAGAAGGAGAGGCCCUGUAGGUCUCUGUUCUGUAAGAGAAAGAGUGGGUUGGGGGAGAGAAAGGGUUAAAUACAGCAUCUUCUUAGAAAAAGCCA